GUGAGACAGAGAGAGGCUGAUACAGAAUGGGAGGCUGACUCUGGUUUCCAACGGCAGGGAGCUGGGUGUACUGGUGUUGGCGGUGGUUUUCUGGACGGUUUUUGCGUGCAUGAAGGCAUGUCUGUAAUCGGCUCAGUAAUGAGGAAAGGUACUGAACGGCACUGAAUAUCUGACCCCGAUUCCUGGGAGUAAAGGGAGGCAGAGAGGGGAGAGUGGGAAACUGUGUGUGUGUGUGUGUGAGAGAGAGAGAGAGAGAGGGAGGCAAAAAGAGAGAGGGGCAUGUGAAAAGGGGUGGAGGGGAGCUGAGAUUUAGUGCUCUGCUGGAUGAAACAACCCCCCACUAACUAACGGAGAGGGAAAGUAGCCUAAUAGGAAGAAAAGAGGGGGUGUAAAACUGUUCAUUAAACACUCAAAGACGCGGAGGAAGCCUUUAUCGUUUCCAACAAUGAGCCCAGAAAAGGAUAUCGGGAUCUUGUGUGAAGCUUAGAGACGUGAGCAGCGGGUCAAAAUCACACCACGAUCACACGCGGCGAAAGCGGACACACAAGAGAAGAAAAAAAUGUCUCGAACCGAAGAGGUCAACAAGAUGACUGAAAAUGUCUACAAGGGGAUUCUGGACCAUUUCAACCCCAGUCUGAAGAACUUUGUGACCAUGGGGAAACACUAUGAGAAAGCUCUGACAGGAGUGACCAUAGCUGCCAAAGGAUACUUCGAUGCUCUUGUGAAACUCGGAGAGCUGGCGAGCGACAGCCAAGGCUCCAAGGAGCUCGGAGACACCCUGUUUCAGAUGGCCGAGGUCCACAGACAGAUUCAGGUGCAGCUGGAAGAUGUGUUAAAGCUGUUUCACUCCGAGCUGCUCGCCCAGUUGGAGCAGAAGCUGGAGCUGGACAUCAAAUACCUCACGGCCACCCUCAAAAAGUAUCAGAGCGAGCGACGGUCUAAAACUGAGUCAAUCGAGCGCUGUCAGUCCCAGCUGAAGAAACUCCGCAGGAAGAGCCAAGGCAGCCGUCACCCCAACAAAUACGGUGACAGAGAGAUGCAGUUCGUGGAGCUGAUGAGCCGUCGCCAAGGCGAGCUGGACACGCUGGUGGCCUCAGGUUACAAGUCCGCUCUCACCGAGGAGAGGAGACGCUACUGCUUCCUGGUGGACAGACAGUGCUGUGUCACCAAACUGCUCAUUAACUACCACUCCAAGGUGAGAGAGCUUCUAUCCCAGAAACUGUCAUCUUGGCAGCAGUCGUGCUCUCAGCCAACAAAGCUCCCGGAGCGUGCUCUGAACCUGCUGCGCCACACUGCGCCUCAAAGCCCAGGGGCUGCUGGGAUAGCUGAGGUCCUUCGUCACACCAAGCUUGGCACCGCUCAGCCCGAGCAGAGGCUCUCUGUUCAAGAAGUCCCUCCUCUGUUAAACGGAGACUCUAGUCGCUCCCAGCAACAGCGCUCGCUCCCCUCCUCCACCCAGAGUGACACCUGUCCUCCUCAGGGCUCUACCCAGACAUUCCUCUCUGCUCCCUCCACCGGAGGAGCUGCUGGAGGUUCAUCGCAGGGAGCAUCUCCUCAGCACAGCAGCACACCUGUCAGUGCUUCAGCCAGCCCGCUCCCUGACAGCAGCACCAGUGGCAGCACCAGCCCGGCUCCAUCUACUCCCACCACCACAUCCAGUAGCUCAGCCCAGCAGACCUCGCUUCUCCUCGCCGCAAACACAUCUAACCUGUCCCCGAGCCUCAUCCCCUCCACCGUGAUGUCGCUCAGCCAGAUCUCCCCGGCCAGCAGCUCCUCGCAGGGCAUGACCCUCCCCAUCACCCACAGUGCACCUCACAGCCCUCCUCUGCCCCACAGCGCUCCGCUCUCUAGGGCCAUGACUCCAGUGCAGCUUCUGCACCAACAGGUGGAACCAGGAGGGAGCAGCACUUUAUCUCCGUCACAUAAUCCGUGGCUGCUGAAGACCUCAGAGAUGAGCGCCACUGCAACACUUCCACUGCCGAGGAGACCUGUCAGUGAAAUGAGGCUGGGAGGCUUUCAGGGCUCGAGUCUUCCCAGGAUGAUGCCUUUAUCUGGACCUACACGUGUGGAAGCCAUGUUUUCUCACACACCUGGAACAUCAGAUGGCAGUGGAGGAACCACAGUGGGAGGAGCAUGCUUACUGCACUUCCUGCCUGGUGACAAUAUCACUCUGCUCAUCUCUGAGCCCAGAGAUGGGUGGCACUACGGUCAAAACGAACGAACGGGACGGAAAGGCUGGUUUCCUUUCUCUUACACUCAGCCACAUCAUACCAAGAUGGAUCUUCUCGAGAGCUCACUCUUCUUAUCUAGAGCUAACAGCACCAGUACCGGGCAACUUGACAAACUAGGUUCUCCGGGUCUCCCGGCCCUCACCCCUGAGUCGGAGGAGGAACGCUCCCUUCCUCCCCAGAGGGUCAGCACCUUCCGCCCGCGCCCCUACAGCAUGGCCGACAGCAACAAGAUCACCUCAGAGUUGGCCUCCCCACCUCCCUCACCGACCAGGCCCAAUCCAUUUUCACAUGUCCGACUCCGAAAAACCGUCACCAACGAUCGCUCAGCUCCCAUCAUCGAGUGAGCUGUUUAUUCCCACCGCAGCAGCAGCAGCAGCAGCAGCAGCAGCAGCAGCAGCAGCAACAGCAGCAGCAGCGUUCCUCUGUGGUUCAUCAGUACAUUGCACCUCAGGUUGAAUCCUGGAAAGAAGCACACUGGCUAAUGUUAAUGUUUUACUUUUAAAUGUAAUAUUCUGUGUGUUUCAUGUAUAAAGGCUGUUAUAAACAUGAGUACAGCCGACUGGAUUUGUAGGUUGCUGGGGGAGAAGAGACAAUUGUAACAUGUGAGAAACUGCUUUAGUGAAGUGUUGGCUUUAAUAUAAAAACUAGAUGUUUAGAUGUUUAGCUUCAUGUUUGUCACACUGUGUCCGGUUUGUCCUGAAUAACUAACAUGCUUUAGUUUGAAUUAUGACAGAUACAGUUGUUUCUUUUACUGUUUUAAAGAGUUUCUUUUCUCCCUUUUUGGUUAUUUUUGUGCCAUAUUCAGAGAUGUUUUCUGUGUUCAGCUGAUUUAGGGACUGGAUCCUAAUAGCAGGUUGUGCACAUUGACUAUGAUGAAGUAUUAUGGGAAGAGGACAGGCUCCUUCUCUAUUACAGUAUUAUAUUUUUUAGAAAAGCUGCCAGAUCUGGUGCAUUUUCUUGGUGCCGGUGAAAGUGAGCAUUUAAAAGUAUUAAAAGUGUGUGUGUGUGUUUUUGUUUUUUCAUUUUAUUUUAACACAGUGAUUGUCUGGAUGAGCUACUUGACAUUAAUGAAACUGGCACAAUGACUUAUGUUUAUGUCAUGUUUUAGUUUCUGAACAUGAGCGAUGUUGUUUGAAGGCACAAGUCUGUCAGAUACAUCCUGUUGUGCCACUUAACACCAUUCAUUCUGCUGCUGUAAAGUUACAUGUAUAAUACAGAGCAACUCUGACAACACAAAGAAAACUCGUAAACUUCACAGACACAAACUGUAAAAGUUGGUAGUUGAAUGUUUGGAUAGUGGUAUCACCGAAAGAAGUGUUUUGUUUGAAAGUAGGAUGUCAUGGAGGGUUCAAAGUCUUAAGAAUGAGAGAUUUGCAUGCUUAGUCUUUGGAUUUGAUGUCUUUUUGAUUUCUUUUCAGUCCCAAAGCUAUUCACCAGCUAGGCUGCUUAAUUGUAGUUGUACGUCCAUCAGUCAGACUAAGCAGAAUCUUAAAGUGAUGUAUGGAUGCUAAGACAGAUGAUGAUUAGGUUUUUACUGAGAAACUGUAUCUGUGAAAGUGAUGAAGAAAGUAUACAGGAAGUUGACCAACGUCUGAGCAAGUGUUCAUGGUAAUCUACAGACAUCCAAAGUAAUUUUUUUGUAGCUCUGUCCUCUUUGUUGCCUCUAACAAAGUGAAAUCUGUGCAAACUGAAGCAGUUCAUGUUCCUGGUUUAACUGCCUCAAGUUACUUUGAUGUUUUAGCACCUUUUAGAUUCAUAAUAUCACCUGAAAAGCUUGUAGAAAAAAAUAUCUAUCAGCAUAUAUUGUAAUCACUUUGUGUAGCGUUGCUUCAUUAAUAAAGAUGACAGCAAAAUGCUUUUAAUGCAUGUAAAUAGUGCCAAAAA